AUGUAUCACACAAGUUCCGAAUCAGCCAAAUGGAUACCUCCGCUAUGCUUGAGUGCAGACGCAGAUUCGCUUCUUCAACAGGGCCCCGCGCAGCAGUUGGGCAAGCUGCUUGGGUUCUGUUUGGCAGCUCUUUCUGCUGCUUGCUUGCUGAAGAUCCACACGUAUGCUGUCAAGGAGGACAUGUUGUCGCAUCUUUCCUCCCCGUCAGAAGGUGAAGCAUCGCAAGGGGAAGAGGCUCAACAUGAGACUGGAAGCUCCACAGAGGAACAAUGUCCAGCACAUGAGCAGCAGGCCUACCAGGCAGUGACUGCGAACCCCCGGAUCCGACUGGGAGCAGCAAGACGAGACCCUGAUGCCUUGCCGACCCUUCGCCCCUUCCGCUUGCCCGGGCUGAGUCCGCAGGACAUUUUUCAGAUCGGCGCAGACUCCUCUGCCGGCUCAACGGGGUUGAGCAGCUUCCGCUCCGUUGAGAGCAUGACGGAUCCAGCGAUGGACAUGAAUGUCAUGGAGCUGCAAAGGGAGAUCAGGGCAGCGAUGGAGAAACUGCAGUCGCUGGAGUCCCGGCUGUGCUCAGUGGAGAAGGGGAGCGUGUCCGGGAACGAGGAUGAAGCUGUGAGUGGCUCCGCCUCCCUCUCUGACCACGAGGCUGCUGGUUACUACUCACUGGGAGGGAGGGAGAGCGAGGUGAAGUCGGAGCCUGCUAUGGCUGGUUGGGAGGGGAGGCUGGAGGGGAGCAGGGAAGAGGCGGGCCCAGUUGCCAGCAAGAGCCCACGGAGCGUUGAGAAUCGCUCGGAAGCUUCAACCAUCUGCUCUGUGCAGACUGACGGGCAGCCAGACUCGCUCUUCCUCGACGGUAUCCCGAUGCAUCAAUCCCUGCGGCACUGCCAGGACGCUGAGGACUUCUUCCUUGUCCACAACCCAUCCUCGAGGGAGAUUCCUCAGGAGGAGGAAGAGAGGGACGCCAACAGUGUGCAGACAUUUUUUCAGACCAUUAUGAGCAAGAGCUUCUCGAGAGAGCUUCACUUCUGA